UGUCCUCUGCAUAGUAAAAACAUAUAAGGUUUUUCUGUAUUAAAAACAAAACAACAAAACCCUAACACAUAAUCAAACCCAUGACAGGUUUAGGCGGGUCUUGGUUUUGCUAGGAUAAACAGGAACUGAGAGUUUUCUGUUUUUCCCCAUCUUCUCUCGACCUUCUGCAUAGUUGAGAAAAUGAAGUGAAAUAUUCGUUUCUUAUUCUAGUAAUGAAUCCUGACCGAAUCAAUACCUGACAGCCUGUCAUCACUUCACGGCGCAUCACUUCAACUGCACUAGUGCAGCUUUCAUAAUUGUGAAAGGUAGAUUAAUUUUUCAGGGCUUGUGUUGGAGUGUCAGCUGUUGGCUUUGCAGUGACGAUUGGCGAUGUGAAGGCACACGGGUUUCUCUGCAGCUCCUGGAACAGAAGGGGGCUCAGCUUAUCACAGCACAAAGGAAACCUGUAGCUGUACCCACGUGAGCAGAUCUUGACGCUUCUGUAGGGCUUAUUGGAGCUGCUGGAGGUGGCAGCAAAUGCAAGAGCUGGUGCAAGCAAGUUGAAUUGCAGUCUGAGCCUGGUGUUAGGAGGGAAGCGGCAAAGGAAGUAGCAGAUUUGCCAUAGGCGUAAGUGAAGUGAGAGCCCUGAUCUACCUUUCAUUUGUUUCAGCUAUGUUUUGUGGGUCUUGUGCCUCUGUCACUUACAUCUGGAAACAUUCUGGGGUUUUCUAGUUCUUCAACUUAAAGAAAAUAUUUCCAGAUACGUUUGGUUUGUCCUGCCUAUUUCCAAUUAGAGCAGCUUGUGGUGAAUGCUGCGUUGCAGUUAGUUAGGCAGCAGAGCUUUCCCCGGGGCUAUCUGUCUGCUUUGUCUCAUAACUUCACUACGAUCAUUUCACUGAUUUUUAGAGCUGCUGGUAGCGGAGAUGAAUCGGAAUAUGAAUUCUCCUGCUUAUUGUAGGCUAGGACCUCGUCUUUCCUACCUCAUCCCUUUCAAAUCAGCCUUAUCACACGCUGUCUGAAAACAGCUCAUUAGUUAAAGCAUAGAUGUAUUGAAAUGUGCUCAGUGAUGGAGGAUGCUGCUUUUUUGCAGUACUGUGCAUUGCAUCUGAUGGAGAUCAGGACUGCAACUGUAUGUGGCCUGAAAUGUUGAGUGUACGCAGUAAAAAGCCCUGCGUGGCCAAGUGAAUGUUUCAAAGUACAGAGGAACAGCAGCAUGGAGGCUGCUGGGACCUGCCUGGCCUGGGAGCCUCGCUCUGCUGAUCCCUAGGCUGCCUGCUGUUGUGUUCCGUAUUUAUCCAGGCUCUCACACCGAGCUCCAUGCCUGCUCCUGCUGUGCUUCUCUUACCUUGCUUGCAAUUACAGAGAGGAGGUUUGUGUUACGUGGUAGGACCCAAGUCACGAGAACUGUUAGUGGAACUGUUCUGUUUGCAUUAUUUGCAUUAUUUUACUAAUUUUGCAUAAUAUCUACCAAGAGAGUCUGGGAGGUUUUUUGCCUCCUGUUGUACAGUGUUGCAUUUAAGUGUUUAUUCAUUGAAGAGAGGAGCAGGAAGAGUAAAGCUGUAGUAUAUAUUUCAAUAUAGGAGUGACACUGUAUACAUUUCAAGUGAAGCUGUGUUAAAAUGGAACUUUAAAUCUCUGUAAGCACAUUUAGUAAAGUACCUUCUGAAACACGGGGUAUUUUGUAAGUGGAGGUAUUUUUCACAGCAUUAAAUUUUAAACUCCAGGAGUGGUCACUGAGCCAGGGUACGGCCAUCAAUCCUCAUUCGUGCUUUCAGAGAAGUGUGUGGAGUAACUUUAGUUAGAGGCGCCGCUCGCCUUCCUGCUUACCUUCCCUUGGAGCUGCGGCUCAAGGCCAGGCUGGAUGGGGCUGUGAGCAGCCUGGUCUGGUGGGAGGCGUCCCUGCCUAUGCAGGGCUUGGAGCUGGGUGAUCCUUGAGGUCCCUCCCAACCCAAACCAUUCUGUGAUUCUUAAAGUGUACCGGGAAAUUGGGCUGUAAAUCUCACAAAUGCUGCUUGCAAAUACAGGUUUUUGUCCUCCAUGUUUUACAGUGAAACACUGACAAUGGUAGAGCAUUCAUUUUGAUUCUUUUAUCUUGUGUUGUGUUCAGGGCUGAAUUGCAGAACAAGCUUUUUACCUCUCCCAGAAAACGUACGGGAUCUGCUCUGAAGUUUCACUCCAAAGGGAAACUUCAGUGGAAGUUGGUUUUUCUUGUUUGAUAAUGCCUUUUCUGGAACUUCUAACUCUCUUUCAAGUUUUUUAGCCCGCAAAGAGGGACUGGGAACAGAAAUGUCUGCAAGAAGAGGCUCAUCGCUUUCUCAGGAAUAGGGAAGAUGAGAGAAAGCCAUCAACGUUUGGGAAGUAAUUGUGAAGCCAGGCCAAUGUGGGGAAGUGUGUGUUCUUGGAUGUUCGAAGAUGAGGCACUCAAGUUAUUUUUUUUACAGAGGAAGAUACCAACGAGCAAAACCAUCUCUCUGAAUUUCACAAGCAAUGAACAAGAUUUUCUUACAUAUUGAAAGGAUUCUGAACUCGGACAGGGGCUGCUUCCUCGAGACCCAUGUGCUGUACUCACCGCAGUGGCAAGAUGGUGCUGCUGCUAGAGUUACUGUGAUACCUGGCGCAUCUUUGUCACAUAAAGCUGAGACUUGGGAGCAGCAGAGGAUACAGAAUAAGGGUUCGCUUCAGUUUGAAGACAAAUGGGAUUUCAUGCGCCCCAUUGUCCUGAAACUUCUUCGUCAGGAGUCCGUCACGAAACAGCAGUGGUUUGAUCUGUUCUCAGACGUGCAUGCAGUUUGCCUGUGGGAUGAUAAAGGUCCAGCAAAAAUCCAUCAGGCUCUGAAGGAAGACAUCCUUGAUUUUAUUAAACAAGCACAAGCGAGAGUGCUGAGUCAUCAAGACGAUACCGCUUUACUGAAAGCAUACAUAGUGGAGUGGCGCAAGUUCUUCACACAGUGUGAUAUUUUGCCCAAGCCUUUUUGUCAGUUAGAGAUUACUUUAAUGGGCAAGCAGGGCAGCAACAAGAAAUCUAAUGUAGAAGACAGUAUUGUUAGAAAGCUCAUGCUAGAUACGUGGAAUGAAUCCAUAUUUUCAAAUAUAAAAAAUAGACUUCAGGACAGUGCAAUGAAGCUAGUUCAUGCUGAAAGACUAGGAGAAGCUUUUGACUCUCAGCUUGUUAUCGGAGUUCGAGAAUCAUAUGUUAACCUUUGUUCUAAUCCUGAAGAUAAACUUCAGAUUUAUCGAGAUAACUUUGAAAAAGCAUAUUUGGAUUCAACGGAGAGGUUUUAUAGAACACAAGCUCCUUCUUAUUUGCAACAAAAUGGUGUACAGAAUUAUAUGAAAUAUGCAGAUGCUAAACUAAAGGAAGAAGAGAAAAGAGCACUACGAUAUUUAGAAACAAGACGUGAAUGCAACUCUGUGGAAGCACUGAUGGAGUGCUGCGUCAAUGCCCUGGUGACAUCUUUCAAAGAGACGAUUUUAGCCGAAUGCCAAGGCAUGAUCAAACGAAAUGAAACAGAAAAGUUGCAUUUAAUGUUUUCGUUGAUGGAUAAAGUUCCAAAUGGGAUAGAGCCCAUGCUGAAAGACUUGGAAGAACAUAUUGUUAGUGCUGGACUUGCAGAUAUGGUAGCAGCUGCUGAAACUAUUACUACUGAUUCUGAGAAGUAUGUAGAGCAAUUGCUUACGCUAUUUAAUCGAUUUAGUAAAUUGGUUAAAGAAGCUUUUCAGGAUGAUCCAAGAUUUCUUACUGCGAGAGAUAAGGCAUACAAAGCAGUUGUGAAUGAUGCUACAAUAUUUAAACUUGAAUUGCCAUUGAAGCAAAAGGGUGUUGGAUUGAAAACACAGCCUGAAUCCAAAUGCCCUGAGCUUCUUGCUAAUUACUGUGACAUGUUGCUAAGAAAAACACCACUAAGCAAAAAAUUAACCUCUGAAGAAAUUGAAGCAAAGCUUAAAGAAGUGCUUUUGGUACUUAAAUAUGUACAGAAUAAAGAUGUUUUCAUGAGAUACCACAAAGCUCACUUAACAAGACGCCUGAUAUUGGAUAUAUCAGCUGAUAGUGAAAUUGAGGAGAAUAUGGUGGAGUGGCUCAGAGAAGUAGGUAUGCCAGCAGACUAUGUAAACAAGUUGGCUAGAAUGUUCCAGGAUAUCAAAGUAUCUGAAGACUUGAACCAGGCCUUCAAAGAAAUGCACAAAAAUAAUAAACUUGCUUUACCAGCUGACUCCGUGAAUAUUAAAAUUUUAAAUGCUGGUGCCUGGUCCCGUAGUUCUGAAAAAGUAUUUGUCUCACUACCCACGGAAUUAGAAGAUCUCAUCCCAGAAGUUGAAGAAUUUUAUAAAAAGAAUCACAGUGGUAGAAAACUGCACUGGCACCACCUCAUGUCCAAUGGAAUUAUAACAUUUAAGAAUGAGGUUGGCCAGUACGACUUGGAGGUAACAACAUUUCAGCUGGCUGUGCUGUUUGCAUGGAACCAAAGACCCAGAGAGAAGAUCAGCUUUGAAAAUCUUAAACUGGCAACUGAACUCCCUGAUGCAGAACUUAGGAGGACUUUAUGGUCUCUUGUAGCAUUUCCAAAGCUGAAACGUCAGGUUUUAUUGUAUGAACCUCAAGUCAAUUCACCCAAAGACUUUACAGAAGGAACCCUCUUCUCGGUGAACCAGGAGUUCAGUUUAAUAAAAAACGCUAAAGUUCAGAAAAGGGGCAAGAUAAAUUUGAUUGGUCGAUUGCAACUAACUACAGAGAGAAUGCGAGAGGAGGAAAAUGAAGGAAUAGUCCAGCUAAGAAUAUUACGAACCCAGGAGGCUAUCAUCCAAAUAAUGAAAAUGCGGAAGAAAAUUACUAAUGCCCAGCUUCAGACUGAACUGGUAGAAAUAUUGAAAAACAUGUUCUUACCGCAAAAGAAAAUGAUAAAAGAGCAAAUUGAAUGGCUUAUAGAGCACAAAUAUAUCAGAAGAGAUGAGUCGGAUAUCAACACCUUCAUAUACAUGGCAUAACGUGAGGACUCUGUGAGAUGCUGAAAACAGAAAUGGAAGGGUGCUGGGACAGACAGCCGCAACAGUCUGUGCUGCAGAGGGACCUGUUUUGACUUUCAUUACAUAUUGAAAUCCCUGCCUUACCUUAAAGAGGACUCUAUUUUGCCAAUCUCAUUCAGUUAGCAUGAUGGCAUUCCCUUCAUGUUGCACACUUUUAACAGCAUGCUGUUUUGUGGGAAACUUGCAUUCAUGAAGAGCCCAUUGUGAACUUUUAAAAGUAGAUUUUGACUUACACCCACCAGGAAGAGUACAGGUUUGGGUUUUUAGAUGACCAGUACUUGCACAAGGAAAAAAUAUUCAAAUAUUCAUGCACUGAGGAACUGCUACUAGUUUUGUUUUGGUUUUUGUUGUUGUUGUUUUUUUUUUUAAUGCGAUUAGAACUAGAAGUAGCACUUUCACUUUUGUGUUUUGGAUCAACAGAGUAAUGUACUGUCCACCUUUGAUCCUUUUUGUAAUAACAUUUGAGAGACACAUGCCUCACAAACUGAUAUAUAUUUGUUAUCAUUAAAAUCUGUUGGCUAGAGCAGUGCUUCAAUCUAGUAACUGGAUUUUAAUAUUUGACACAUAAGUGACAUAAAAAUGAUUUCAACUCAUGGGUGAUAUUUUUCUUUUAAGAGAUCAUUGUUUUUAAAUUUUUUUCUGUAACGAGUGGAUAUACAUUGUUCCUUUAUUUGGACAGACGAUUUAGUACAAUCCUUUUUGAGAAGGCAAAGCUUUCUUGAAUGAUAUUCCACUAUAAAAACAGUUUCCAUCAAUGGGUCUGUUUUAGUGAACAGAAAUAUUAAGUGUAUUUCCUUGUACAUUUAAUAUUUGUAUUCCGGAUAUUUAAGUAUGACGUAUAUCUGAACGCAUUAAAGAGUAAUUGAUGCACAAAUUCCCAGAAAGAAGAUAACACUCAAAGAUCUCUGUAUUAAUUCCUCACUGGUAACUCUCUCUCUAUGUGUGGAUGUAAGCUUAAUCACACGUUGACUGUUUUGUUCCUCGAAAGACAACGUCUUUAUAGGAAAAACAAAUGCUCUGCUUUUUAUUUUGACACUGUCAGAAUGGGAAAUACAGUUCAAACAAAAAUGGUAAAAAGCUUAGGAAAAAUACCUUGUGUGAUGGACGCAGAGAGAGUGCCAAGGACGCACCAGGAAUUUCAGUUUCUUAAUGUUACCUCUUCUGUUUUCAAUCAUCUUAAGUAGCUGUUUGGCAAUGCUCGCCUCUCUGCUACUCUGAAAUGUCCCUGCACGUCCCAGGCUGUAACACGAGUCACUGGAGCAGAGUGCCUGUCUUGGGACAAAAGGUAAGUUGAGCCUUACUCAGUUCUGUAUGAAUAUUCGUAUAUAAAUUGCAAGAGUGCAUUUUUUUAAUUGACCAGUUCAAGUACAAUAUCUAAAGGUCUUGUCUUCUCAAAUGAUUGAAAGAGGGUAGAGAGGAUAGGAUUGACUUUAGUCAGAAAGGAAAACCUUCCAUUGCGAGGAGGAGUUUAUUUUACGUGCUUGCUGUAAUGGAUGAAAUAAGAGUGGUUUAAAAACAAACUCACUACGAGAACGGCUGUCUGCCCCCUUGAACAGGCUGCUUGGUCUGCUCAUUAAUAUAAAUGGCAUCGUGACCGCCUGCAUAUAGUGUGUGCUUGGUUGUCUGUUUGACUAAGAAAUUUGCAGCACCGGAGGUUUCAUGAACAAGAAGAGAUGGAGAGACGGUGAGACCUGGCAAAUCAGCAUUUCCAAAUUACAAAAAUCCCGCAGCUUAAGCUAGAUGCUUUUACUGGUUAAAAAGAGUAGAUGCUGUUCAAAAAUAUCCUGUCCUUUUUGUUCUCCCACGGUGUUGCUGUUCAGAACCGAAAGCAAGUGGUGCUCUGUGUAGUCAGCCACUAAAACUAUUCAGACGUUAGGAAACAAGAUUCUAAUAGAACGGGAGUUUGAGUAUUUGAAAGGCAAAUUACAAGUAAUAAAUGCUCACUUGAGAUAGCUGGGAGAAACUGACAACCCAGAGCUCUAAAACGUAACCGUCUGAGCACACCUCCAACGUGAGGAAUUGCAGCCCUUAGCCACAGAGGAGCGCACAGACGGGCGCUGCCGGGCGGGUGGAGCCGGUUCUGAAGCCGCUGGCUUAGGCUGAGAGAAGCCUGAGCGCGGCUCAUGUGCAGUUGUUCAGGAAGUCGGAGUGCAUGCAGAAAGCAGCAGGUUGCUGGAAGCUAACGAGCUGUAUUUUCCCUCAACUGAUAAAUAUGAAAUAGUAUAACCUCAGAGUUACCUACGUUCUUCUCAACACCUGGGAUGCAGAAAUACAAUUGGUAAUGUGCCUACGACACGGUCAUUUUUCUUUAAAUAUAUGCUGAAAAUGGAUGUUGGUUUUUUAUUAAAUCUGAGAAUCACACCAGCAAAUUUGUUAAAGAUGCGGAAUCAUGUUUAGCAUCCUUCAUCAGGUCACCUUCACCAGUAUGCACUUAAAACUCCUAUCAGCUGGGGCACGGGAGGUAGCUGGGGUCGAUGUUCUUUUGGGGACGGCAGAGUUCAGCUCUGAACGAAAACGAACUGUUCUUCACUUGCAAUAUGGCAACAACGCACUUUUAAGGCUACAGUUUUUAGCUACGAAUUCACAUGUCCAAAGACCUUGCCUAAAAGAGGUGCUGCGUCUGAGAAGCAUGUUGCCACACACUGCCACGGUGAACGGCUGUGGGAAAAACCUGUCGUAGACGAGGGGGGGAAUCGCUCUUAAUGGGUUUAAUUAAGGAAUACUGUUAAAACUUUCUCUGUCCCGACAACGUGAUGAGGAUCUCGGUUUCAAUUCUGAAGUCUUCCAUUUUCCUCUGUCCGCGGUUGGUGUUCCUAGCUUCUAUUUUUGUUCAUCUUUCAUUCGUUCGUUAGGACUGUAACGCAAUUACGUUUCCAAAAGGAAAUGCGACUUUGUUGUUUUCACCUUUAUAAACUUAACCUAAAUGUUUUGAAUGUUCACACGUUGCAUUUAUUUGCAUUGGGAUGCCAUUGUCCUGUAAAGUGCAAAUUUUAAAAAUACAAUUGGCAAAAAGAUUUGAUAGUUUUACAGGAAGAUUUGCUAUCUUGAACUCAAGCUGUUUUCUAUUUUCACCGAAAUGACUGGGAUGCUACCUUUGUAAUUCUUUGAGGUCAGAUUUGUGAACUAAACAAUACACGGAAGCUUUCCUGUCAUAUACACUAUAUGUAGUCUGGAGUGUUGAGCAAACCUGAGUUCCUGAGUUGUAAUAUCUAUCUGCGUAUGGUAUUUACAAUUUUGAAUGUGUGCCACUACCGAGUUAAUAACGCUGUACAAUUUGGAAUGGUGGUAGUUUCUGUAUGGCAGUCCAGCUGAACUAUUUUGAUGUACUGCUUAAUUUUUGAAUUUUAUUUUUUAAGUUGUAUAAUUUAUUUUCUUGCAAAAUAAAAAUGUAAUAUAAAAGACUAUGCAUUUGA